UUCAGCUAUGACGCAUGCAUUUGCAUGUAUCAUGUUAGUGAAUUGUUUUGUUUACGCUCAACAAUUAGUUCGUUAACUUAAUUCAUAAAUAUUGUUAUAUCGUAUUUGUAAAAUAUGAAUUAUCGAUUAUGAUUAGAAAACAGUUUACAAGUGUUAACGAGAUCUUACAAAGUUUACCAAAGUAUUUGAACAUGAUCGAGAUUUAACCUGACUAAUACUCGAUAUGACCUCAUGCCAUAAACUCGCGGUGUGGUCAUUGAAUUAAUAUAAAAUAUAGAAAAUGAAAUAUUUAUCUUUGUUCUAUUUGAAAAUAUAAUCAGAAUAAUCGAUGAAAAAGAAAAAGAAAAUAAAUAUGGCUACUAUAAUAUUACUACUUAGUGUAACUUUAGUAUAUGGGCAGGAGUAUGAAGGUUGUUUUAAGAGCCCUGCUGUGGAUCCUGAUUUAUCUUCUUUAAUUUCAAGUCGUAUUACUGCCCCUACCGAAUGCAUCGAACAAUGUCAUUCGUUUGAUUACAUGUUUGCUGGAUUGCAGAAUGGACAAAGAUGUUAUUGUGGUAGUAAGUUUGGUAAAAAUGGCUUAUCUAAUUCUUGCAUUCCUUGUAUUGCUGAUGCAUUUAAAUUUUGUGGAGGUCAGGAAGCUAUGAGUAUAUAUUCGACUGGACAAAAAGGUCCUAGUAGACCAAGAGCAAUUCAGAUAAUUCCUCAAAAAGAUGAUAGUUUCUUAAUUACAUGGCAGCCACCAGAUAUAUCAAAUGGAAAUAUUACAUCUUAUACACUGACUGCUAUUGCCAUUGAAACGCAUAGUUAUAAUAUUUUAUCGCCAAUAGAAAGUCAAGUACAAGGUGCUACAUCUAAUAGUACUAUUUUAAGAGGUCUUCAACCUGGUACUAAGUAUAAUGUAUCAAUUUCUGCAAGUAAUUCACAAGGAAUUAGUAAGCCGGCUUAUGCUACCGAAUGGACCUCUAUAGGUCCACCUGAUAAACCAGAUACACCAGAAAUAUUAAAUAAAAAUGAGACUACCACGACAGUUAUGCUUUCUGAAGGAAGUAGCGAAAAUGGACCAGUGAGUGCUUAUCAAGUUGUAGUUGUUCAGCCUGGUACAAUACCUCCUGUGGGCUCAGAUGUUAUGUAUUUAAAUUACGAAAAGUCAUUUCAAGAAGGUUUAGGUUAUUAUAUAACAGCAGAAUUUGAUGCAUCAGACUUUCAUAAUUAUAAAAAAUUUGUGGUAGGAGAUGGGAGAUUAAUAGGCGGAUAUUACAAUGCUCCUUUAAAAACUGAACCAAUGCCACAAAUAGGGUUAGUGGUUAUAUCAAGAGCACAAGGAGAAGUGCAGUAUUCCUAUUCUAAUUUUACCAACAGUAUUCAACAAUUUCAACAAGAUGAAUUUCAUCAAAUGGAUUCUGUUGUUGUCAUUAUUUUACGUAUAGGAAUUAUUCUUUUAGGAUCUUUACUUAUUAUAUCCAUACUAAUAUUCUAUUUAGUUAGACGCCGUCAUGAAAAGGCCCAUAUUAUAAAACUUCCAGAGCAACAAGAAUUGACAUUACAAGGGCCAUUACAUGAAGUAGAUAACAUGGGAUAUAUUCCAGAAGAUGUACCAGAAAGGGUAAAUCAUUAUCAAGAAUUGAAAAACAAAGUUUGGAGUAUACCACAAAAUAAUUUAUCGAUUGAUAAUGCAGCCUUACGUAGAGGGCGAUUUGGUACAGUUCACUCCGGUACAGUACAAAAGGAUGAUAAAACUUUUUCUGUUGUUGUCCAUACUAUAGCCGAUCGUUCGUUAAAACCGUCAGAUAAGCAAGCUAUGCUAAGAGAAUUGGAUGUAUGCAUUAAGGCAUCAACAAUGAAGUAUCUUGCUGGUUUGGUUGGAACCUGUGAAACUUCAGAUACUUUAUAUGUUGUUCUAGAAAUGCCUCCACAGAUAUUGAAACAUUUAUUAUUAGCUGCUAGAUCUGGAACGAUAUUUCCAGUUGAUCAAAUGUUACCUAUUGGUUCUUCAAUUGCAUCUGCAUUACAACAUCUUGAAAAUUAUAAGAUCAUUCAUACUCAUUUAUGUGCUAGAAGUAUAGGCAUUACCAAUGAUUGGAUACCUAAGGUCAUGGGUCAUGGUAUUGCAAAGUAUGUCUUAGAAGAUGUAAAAUAUGCUCGGUGGAGGGCAACAGAGUGUUUUACUAGUAAAAAAAAGCAUCAACCAGGCGUUGUCUGGGCAUUUGGUGUACUUUUAUGGGAAAUGCUUAGUAUGGGUGGAACUCCAUACUCAAAUCUUCAAUUUGAUAGCGAAGUAGAGGAAGCAGUUGAGCAAGGCAUCAGAUUACCACAAUUACCAGAUAUGCCUGAUCCAUUAUACGAAGUGAUGUUGUCAUGCUGGCAAGUUGAUCCAGAAGAAAGGCCAACUUUUGAUGAGCUUGUGAGAUUGAAUACUUUAAGUAUAUGUCCCAUCACUGCAUUUACAGAACCAUACAUUCCUGAAUUGGAACUGAAUUAAUCUCAUUAAGUAUAUAAUACUUAAAGCCA